CUUAACAAAAAGCAUCUUGAAAGUGUGUAAGAGCUCAUUCUUUAAGAUGAGAGAGGCCAACCUACCGUCUUUCUCAUUCCUAAUCCUCCUCAGUAAUCCUAAUCCAUUUCAGACCUGUAACCUUUCUUAAGCAUCACAUGGGAGAACAUUCUUAAGGCUGCUCAGAACAACUGCAGUAAAUAAAUCGAAGGAUCUGCACUCCCUGCACAACAACACGUGUUUUAUUCUGCAGCUCUUGAAGGCAAUGGCAGUUUCUUCUGCAUGCCUAAGGGAACAAUUUAAUUAUUCAGAUAUCUGAGGAGGAGUUUCUGAAUCUGUAAUCAAGUAAAUCAGAGACUACUGAUCACUUUGUUACUGAAUGGAGAUUAUAUAAGCAGGAGGAAAAAAAAAGUGGAGAGCAAGCUGCUUUUGUGUGUAUUUUAGCAAGUCCUUAAGCUAGCAAUUGGUGGCAAGGUAAGUUGUAUUUUUCUUUUCUCUGUAACAGGUUUUUUUGUUCAGAAGUAGUCACUCGGCACCCAUAGUUUGAGGUGAAAUGUCCUUUUAUAUGUCAGGGUGUAUAAAUCUAUGGUUGGGACUUUCUAAGUUCUCCUUUUUGGCUUUGCUGUAACUGUGCAGGUGCAGAGUUCAGUGCAUAUAUAAAAUAAAUCAAGUUUCACCAUCAUGUUUCCAGCUAUGAGCAGCACCAAGUCUGAUGUACACGUGGGACGUGAGUACUUAAUCUAGGAGGGAAAGGAAGGAUCAUCACUUUCUCUAGUGCUAGUGAGCAUUUUAUUCUUGUGAAAAUUAUUUGACUUUAUUUAUUUAUUUUGUUGGUGGCUUCCAAGUGUCAUGUUGAUAAAUUUUGUUUCACAUCUUUCUUUCACUGUUUUCUUCCUAGCAAACUCUCAGUGAGCGCAUUUUGUUUUCUUGUUGCCUUCCAGAUUCUAUUUACCUCUUCCCUCAGUCACCCAAAUGUCUGUAAAAUGUAGUAGUGGGGACUCAGUUGUGCAUGGGAUAUGAAAAAUGUGUAGUCUUAGUUAGGAAAUGUGCUGCUUUGAUGUUAGCUCCAUGUGCUCCUUAUCAGGAGGCUUUUGAUUCACGGGGCAGGAGCCCCAAAUUCUGCACAGAUCUGUAGUCUGGACAAUCUCAGUGCUGUUACAGUGCAUAGAAUUUGAUUCAGAAUGAUGUCACUUGCAUUGGCUUUAAAAUGAUUAAAUUAAUACUUGCAAAAAACCCACUUGCAAUAGGCUUUUGUUGUUGCUGUUUUGGACUGGUAAUUUGUUCACGUUUUGUUUGUGGGGUUCUUUGGUAGUUUUUUUCUUUAACUGAGACACGAGGAUUUAUGCAAGUUUUCCUUUAUUUGCUUUUAUAUGUUAUUAUAUCAUAGGGUAGUAUUAACUCAUCAGCUUGUGUUGCAAAAUCAAAUAUAUUACCCCAUGGCUUGGGAAAUGCAUGCAGAGUACAGCUGUUAGAUAGUUCUGGCUUUCCAGUGCUGACCCAGGUGAAUGGGAAACAUGCAUCUCCUCUUUGCAUCUGAUCUUCUGCUGUUCUGUUAGUUGUCUAUAUCCAUGUGCAGCUUUCCAGUCCAUAUGUUUUUUAAUGUUUUAGUUCUGAUGUAACUGCAUACAUGAGGGCUCACCACCUGUUUUACUUAGUGUGUGUUUGUUAGAGGAUGCUCUAUGCAGCACUGCAUCCCAGGGGAGAGUCACAAGCUGAAGGCAAAUGAAUGUAUUGCAGCUUCUCAAAAGAAGUGCAGGAAGCCUGUUUCAGAAGAGUUCUGAGUGCACCAGACAAAACCUCAGCAUCUCCACAUGAGGGGAACAACAGGAAGAACAAGACAAGGAAUAGGGAGCCAACUGUCUCACAUAUACAUCGUUUUAUCUCAAAUACAUAUGUAAUCUAUAUUUGAGGCAAUGCCACUGUCAUUGGGUAUUUCAGCCUGCAGUUUAUGGGUCAACUUUUCUUUGAAACAGUUUUAGGUAUAGGAAGGAUGAAUUUCACUGUGGGGUGGAUGAGGAAGGAUCACAGGUGCUGAGCAGUUGGGUUGACUUCAUUUCUUCCUCACUCCUCCCACCCCUGAAGCAGGUUUCAUUUCUUUGGAUUCUCUGAUUUAUUGCAUUGCGCUCUUUUGCUCAGGCUGGUGCCCUCAGAAGAAUCUGAGACAACAAAGUCAAAAAGUGGCUGGCUGCAGGAAUUGCUUGGGAGAGACCUUUUAAACAAAUAAGAGAACUAGGUAGGAGCACUCUACAGGCGCUCCUAAUACUUGAUCAUCCCUCUGUUUGGAUGGCCAGAACUUAUCCUUAAAGUAGGACUGUGCAAUAGCAAAUGGUUGAGUUGGUGUUGUCUGGUUUCGCUGGAAAGGGAGGAAAUAAGGAAGAGUUUUAUUUUGUGUCUCCAACAGUGAUCUCAAAUUCAAGGUCAUAUUUGAUCAAAACAGAUAUGUGGUACCCCUGAACACACUGUAGGUAUUUACUUAAAAUGUGUUUUUUGUUUGUUUGUUUGUUUGUUUUUAAACUGAUCUGGCAGAGUUCUAGCUCCUAAAAAAUGAAUUUUUCUCAUGCUGGUAUUUUUAAAGGUAUCUUUAAAGCAUCCACCUUCCUUUGAGGCUGGCAGUGUCAGGUCCCUGAGGUGCAGCUAGGCACACAGGUUGUGUUGUCCUGCCCUGUGGAGGAACAGUUGGCUGCAAUAGUUGUCUUUCUGGCCUUUUUUUUUUUUUUUUUUUUUUUUUUGAACUGGCCUGAAUCUGCUCCUGUGAAUUAAUUGCUCCCAUUUAGUAGGCAGAGCAUGUCCUCUGGUGUCAUCUCAUCUAAAAGGAACCCGUGCUGGGCUGUUUCAGAUCGCCCUGCUGCAUAUACCAGAAUGCAGUGAGUAGAGAUGGUUGGAGAUGUCUCUAGAAUGAACCAUUCUUUUGAGCUGUUAGAGGAUAUAGCUCAUAAUUGUUGAAAUCUUCAGAUGUGUCUCUUUGGGAAGGCAUUUUUCUUUGAAUAUCCAUACAGGAAUUGUAAGUCUACACAUAGAAAUUCUGAGCUUGAAAAUCUGUUUUUCCUGAAGUGGGAUGUGGCAUACAGGAGGAGACAAGGAAUGGCCUUAAUUGCUUGAGCUUUGGAUUUUUUUGUGUGCGCAAUUGUCUGCUUAAGUAGUUGAUAGUCUGAAAAGCUGUCAGAGUAACUGUGUUAUGGAACGUAAAUACCGUAAAGCAUCAGAUGUAUUUGGGCAUAAUUUGCAAUGAUUUCAGGCCACUUAUGGCAUUGAUAUUAAAUAAUAACGUUAAAGUAGAGUGAUAUUUUAUUAGCAACAUUGUGAAGUAUUCUCCUGUUGCAUCAUCUGUACAUCAUGAAGUUGUGCAGUUCAGCAUUCUGGGCAGGACAGAAAACUUCAGAGUUUUAUCCAUCUAGAAACUUUCUGUGCUGACAUUUAGUUCAGUAUGGAUCAUCUCCCUGAGCAAGGAGUGCCCAUGUACCUUACACAACACUGGAUGUGUCCUUUCAAUCAGCAUUUCUGCCCAUCUGUGUAGCUAUUUUGAGAGGAAAGAUGUGGGCUAGGUAGAAAGAGAGCGACCAGGCAAAAGGGCUGCAAGAAGUGAGAAAAGGAGAAGGGAUUCUCCCUUCUCUAAUGGGAAGAAGUGCCUCUACAGUCCUACUGUUCUGGCCCUUCAGAAGCCUCUGAGAUGUGGUCUCCUGCUAGCACCAGACCUAGCAUUGAUUAAGGUAAUUUUUUCCUUCCUUUCCUUUCUCGGCUUUCUCCCCUGUACCCAGUUCUGGGUUAAAAAACAAACAAAUACAACAAACAAAACAACAAAAAAUGCCAAAACUUUAAAAUUCUUUGUGAUACAGCCUGGAGCUACUGUAAAUAGUAGCACAUGCAGUUUUAUUUUUCCUAUUUUGCCCUCCUCCCAGAGGAAAUGUCUGAUAGAGGAAGGCACCCUGAUUGUCCUCAGUGAGAGGUUUCAGAAUUUUGACCUGUUCUUGAAACAGGAUCCUUUUGCUCUGAACAGAGCAAGCAGUGAGGUUAACACAAGUCUGGCUGUCCUGUCCCUUGAUGCUGGCCAGGAUCUGAGCAGUUGAUGGCAUCGUACGCCCCCGCACUCAAGCAGAUCCGCGAGGUGAAGAAAAGCAGUUUUUAUUUAACAAAGCUGAUUAUUUUCUUAUGAUAGCUAAUUGUUAUUUUAGACUUAUCCCCCCUCGUGCUGUGGAACUGCAAAUAGAUUUAAAUACCAUAUGUGUGUUCAUCCCUCAUAACGAGUUAUCCUUCACAGAAGGAUUUAUGCAUGAAUCUUUGCAGAUACUGAAGAGCUGCCAAAUCAACUUAUUUACCAGAUCAGUAUAAAAAGUAUUUUUCUAUGUGCUGUACAAUAUGCAGUCAUGGAGUAUUUUAGCACUUUUUGCCUUAUUCAAGUGCUUUAGCUGUGCAUGCGUGAGGGAAGAGGUAUCAUUAGGAUUCAGAGCUGACGUCUGUUCUCAGAGCUCGAUCAUGCUGAUUUUCUGGUAGCAUUUGAAAUGGAGGCUCACAUCAAAGACAACCAUAUUGCUAAGAGUUUAGAAACCUAAAAUUAAACAUGUGGAACAUUGUGUGAAUACACAAAUGCCUGAUUUAUCCAUCUACUGUACAAUUACAGUAACUAGAUGUGUAACACACAAGAAGUGCCAGAAUUACUCCUAUUCAUACAGCUGAUUUGAAAUUUGAAACAGUAAGACAGGGAUCCUUGCGUCAGAUGGUCUAAAAGACAACCAAGUAGCUGGAAAUACAUGUUAGCAGAAAAGGUACUUUGGUACAAGACAGGACAUCCGCUUGUUGAUCUUAAUAAGUGUUAAUAUAUUUAAUUAUAGACUCAGCACUGUGGGACAUGUUACAGCAGUUUGGAUUCUGAUCAAAUGCUUUCCUGCGCCUCUUGUGUGGCUUUGGUGAUACUGGGCCAGACUGUGGCAUUCUAGGAGUACCAGUUGGAAAACAUGGGAUCUGGUAGUUCUGUAAAUGCCAACUACAAGUACUCUCUACAGAAGUCUGAAAAUGCUUUCAAGGCAGCUGUUCUGAUCCAAAGGUGGUAUCGGCGCUAUGUUGCUCGCCUGGAAAUGCGCCGACGGUGCACUUGGAGAAUCUUUCAAUCCAUUGAGUACGCCUGUGAGCAGGACCAGAUCAAGCUUCACAACUUCUUCAGUUACCUCAUGGACAACUUCACACCAAGCAGCAGUAAAGAAAGGGAUUUUAUCAGUCGCAUGUUCAUAAGUGGAGAAAGCUUCAAAGAGGCAGAGCUGGAGAAGUACUGUGACUAUGAAUCCAUGGAGGUGCCAGACUCCUACACUGGACCCCGUCUCUCUUUCCCACUCCUUCCUGACCAUGCGACUGCCUUGCUGGAAGCUUUCAAACAAAAACAACAGCUCCACGCUCGCUAUGUCUUAAACCUUCUACACGAGACCAGGAAGCACCUCAAGCAAUUGCCAAACAUCAGUCACGUCUCCACCUGCUACAGUGAGGAGGUCACCGUUUGUGGAGACUUGCAUGGCCAGCUGGAUGACUUGUUCCUCAUAUUUUAUAAGAAUGGCCUUCCUUCUCCUUCCAAGUCCUAUGUGUUCAAUGGGGACUUUGUAGAUAGGGGCAAACAGUCCCUUGAGAUUCUCAUCAUCCUCUUUACCUUCCUUUUGAUAUAUCCAAAAGAGGUUCAUCUCAAUCGUGGGAACCAUGAAGACCACAUGGUCAACUUACGGUAUGGUUUCACAAAGGAAGUCAUGCAGAAAUAUAAGUUGCAUGGGAAGAAAAUCUUGAAGAUGAUUCAGAAUGUGUUCUGCUGGCUACCUCUGGCCACCCUGAUUGAUCAGAAAGUCCUUGUUAUACAUGGGGGUGUCUCUGAUACUACUGAUCUGGACAUGCUUGAGAAAAUCCAAAGGAAUAAAUUUAUUUCUGUAUUGAGAGGGAAGAAAAGAAAAGAGUCAAACAGAAAUGUGGAAAUAAAGGAAAUAAAUGGGGAGAGCCAAGCAAAGCCUGAUUCAGCAGGGAAUGAGACAACGUCCAGCUUACCCUCACAGCCCCGACCAGCCCAGGCUCCCAGCAUGGCCAACAGGGUGGAGUUCUCCAGGUGGGUCCGGCAGACAGUGCAGGAGCAAAUCGAGUGGUGCCGCAAGUUGGUGGACAUCAGCGAUUCGGAGGAGGAGGAGCUCACUUGCUCCAGUUUGGUCUCCUUAACAGAUUUGGAUGGGCCGUGCUGGACUCGGCAAGAGGAGUGGAAGCAGAUUUUAGACAUCCUCUGGAGUGACCCCAUGCCUCAGGAGGGCUGCAGAGAAAAUACGGUGCGAGGUGGCGGCUGCUAUUUUGGGCCUGAUGUGACGGGGAAGAUCCUUGAGAAGUACAACCUGCAGUUCCUCAUCCGCUCCCAUGAGUGCAAGCAAGAUGGCUAUGAGUUCUGUCACAACCGGAAGGUACUGACCAUAUUUUCAGCCUCAAACUAUUACGAGAUCGGCAGCAACAGGGGAGCCUAUGUGAAGCUGGGGCCAGACCUGGUGCCCCAUUUUGUUCAGUAUCAAGCAAACAAGACAGCCCACACCCUCACCAUGACUCAAAGAAUCAGCAGAGUAGAGGAGUCAGCCUUCAGAGCCCUGCGGGAAAAGCUGUUUGCUCACACCUCUGCCCUCAUCAGUGCAUUCAAGCUGUACGAUAAAGACGAUACAGGAAGGAUCACGCUGAGCAACUGGGCAACAGCAGUGGAGUCAGUCUUGCACCUGGGACUGCCGUGGCGGAUGUUGAGACCACAGCUGGUGCGCAGCACAGCAGAUGGCAUGCUGGAGUACAAGUCCUGGCUUGAUGAUUUGGCCAUGGAGCAGAGGAGCCAAGAGCACAUCCAGUCGAGCUUGCUGGAAGUUAUCUAUCGAAACAGAUCCAACCUGGAGACCAUAUUCAGGAUCAUAGACAGAGAUCAUUCAGGUCUCAUCUCAUUUGAGGAGUUCCACCAAACCUGGAAGCUGUUCAGCUCCCACAUGAACAUUGAACUCACAGACGAUGGCAUCAAUGACUUAGUUCGCAGCAUUGAUUUCAAUAAAGAUGGAAACAUUGACUUCAACGAGUUCCUAGAAGCCUUCCGCCUUGUCAAACAGUCCCAGCAGUGAGAACCCAGGACAGGUCAUCACAUCCAAUGCCUUGUCUGCAAAGCCAGGACUGCUUCCUACCUAACUGCAGAGCGUGCCCGCAGCUACAAGCCAGAGGAAGGGAAGGCAGGUUCCUGAUGCUCUUCAUUGAAGACUGGGACCACCCAGCCAACAGCUGUGAUCCAUUUGGGGAAGGUAAUGAUAAAAUAGAUAAGUUAUACCUCAGUUAUGACUGCAUUGUAAAAGGAACUGUGUUAUAAAUAGAAAACUCUGCUCAAAGGGAGAGGCAAGUUAAUUUCUCUCAUCAAUGCAUGUCAUGACAUUUUACAAGUCUAUUCAAGUUGAGUAAAAUUAAAGUAAAGGUAUUUCUUGGAGGGACUGCUUUACUAGCUAGCAAUUGCUAGAGCACAGUCUUCCUUAAUAAUAAACUUUUUUCUAGA